AUGCAUCUUGCCUUUUCCAUGAAGGAAUUAGGUGACCUCUCUUAUUUUCUUGGCAUUUCUGUCCAGUCUCACCAUAAUGGUUUCUUUCUUCAUCAACACAAAUAUGCUUCUGAUUUGCUUCUUAAAGCUGGCAUGAUUGGGUGUAAACCGUGCUCUACACCUGUUUCUUCCAAGCCUUCCUUCACUGCUUCUGAUUCUUUGCCUUAUCCUAACCCAUCUUUGUAUCGCAGUAUUGUGGGUGGCCUUCAGUAUCUUACUAUUACUCGACCUGAGUUGUCCUAUGCAGUCAAUCAAGCUUGUCAGUUCAUGCAUUCUCCUACAGUUGGGAAUUUUUCUGCUGUCAAAAGAAUUAUGCGCUAUAUUAAAGGUUCUUUAUCUCAUGGCCUUCUUUUCACUCCUAGCUCUUUUCAACUUCAUGCCUACACUGAUUCCAAUUGGGCUGGUGAUCAUAUUGACAGACGCUCCACCUCCGGCUAUUGUAUUUUUCUGGGUGAUAAUCUCAUAUCUUGGUCUUCUAAGAAACAGCCCACGGUUUCCCGAUCAUCGACUGAAGCCGAAUAUCGUUCGCUAGCUAAUACCACUGCCGAACUCACUUGGCUUCAAAUGUUACUUCAAGAUUUUUCCGUUCCUCAAUCUUCUAUUCUGGUUGUCUGGUGUGAUAGUCAAUCUGCUCUUGCUUUGGCUGCCAAUCCUGUGUUUCAUACCAGGUCUAAGCAUAUCGAAGUAGACUGCCACUUUGUUCGCGACAAGGUUCAAGCUCAUCAAUUACUUCUGCGUCAUGUUCCUACUGCUUCCCAGCUUGCUGAUAUUUUCACUAAACCAUUGUCGACUUCUCGGUUUUCUUUUCUCACUUCCAAACUCAGAGUUGCUUCUACUCCCUUGAGUUUGAGGGGACCUGCUAAAGAUAUAUCAUCAGCAUCAGUUGAUGUAUAG